GGGUGGGGAGGGGACGGACCGAGUCCCGAGUUGUCCGGGUGAGGGUUCGGGAAGGUUUAGGAACCAAGAUUCUAUUCCCUGGCUCUGCCCCGGGUUCCCUCCCCUCCUCUCCGUCGGUUCCCACACCUCGGGGCUGGAGACUGAAAGAGCAUCCCGGGAAGGGGCAUUCCGUCGCCCAAGCAGCCUAUUCAGAGACACCCCCCCCCGAAAAUCUGAUCGUGAAGUUGGAGGCCCCCGGGAAAGUUCAUUUCUAACCUUUUAGAAGAGAUAGAGGGCUGAGGCUGCCUGACUCCAGGCGAGUGUGUGGGGUUCGGAGGCUCAGGCAGCAUGACGACGGAGACCUUCGUGAAGGAUAUCAAGCCUGGGCUCAAGAACCUGAACCUCAUCUUCAUUGUGCUGGAGACAGGCCGAGUGACCAAGACAAAGGACGGUCACGAAGUUCGGACCUGCAAAGUGGCAGACAAAACAGGCAGCAUCAAUAUCUCCGUCUGGGACGACGUGGGCAACCUGAUCCAGCCUGGGGACAUCAUCCGGCUCACCAAAGGGUACGCGUCAGUGUUCAAAGGCUGUCUGACAUUGUACACUGGCCGUGGGGGUGAUCUUCAGAAGAUUGGAGAAUUCUGUAUGGUUUAUUCUGAGGUUCCUAACUUCAGUGAGCCCAACCCUGAGUACAGCGCCCAGCAGGCACCCAACAAGGCGGUGCAGAAUGACAGCAGCCCUGCAGCUCCCCAGCCUGCCACCGGCCCCCCUGCUGUUUCUCCAGCCUCUGAGAGCCAGAACGGGAAUGGACUGAGCGCCCCGCCAGGUCCUGGUGGCGGCCCGCACCCCCCGCACACUCCUUCCCACCCCCCCAGCACCCGGAUCACCCGGAGCCAGCCCAACCACGCCCCGGCCGGCCCUCCCGGCCCCUCCAACAACCCUGUCAGUAACGGCAAAGAAACCCGGAGAAGCAGCAAGAGAUAGCAAGACAGUCUUCCUCUCUCCCCACCACUGACCGACCGUAACCGAGCGCCUGCUAGAGACACAGCCCCUCCUGGGCUGCUAGCUUGGCGGUGGGAAGGAAUCGGUGGGAAGGAAUCGGUGGCGAUAUUUUAGCCACUAAACUUCACUACAGGGGUGGUGAGGAGUGGCCUUCCCCACACUCACCCCUGGGGCCAGCUGCAGCUGCCUGUGCCCUGGGACGCAGGGCCCUGCCUGCCCUCCUCCCUUUAGAGAUGAGUUACGGUCUGUGUCUUGUACAUAUGUGAUGUGGAAAUCUGACUGAAUCCCUUCUUCCCAAUAAAUGUUACUGCUCUG